CGAUCAACCACUUUCGACCAUCAAAAUGCAGUUCAUCGCCGUAUUCAUUGCUACCCUGGCUGCCGUUGCCUCUGCCUCCUCCGAAGAGAAGCGCUCCUGUGUCGCGAACUACGAUGUCGCAUGCCACCCCACGGGCACCGCUUGCUGUGACGGCUGGCAAUGUGUUGGUGCCACUCAAUGGAACGCCGGAGUUUGCAUCCCCAACUAUUAA